AUGGCUCCCGCUGCAGCCCAUACCACCGACGGCAUCCUGACGCCGAUUGACCUCAACUCCAUCCCUCCCUUCUGGCGGAGGAAGAAUGGCAUACUGCUCUACUUCCUCCUGACGUCGUCCCUGCUGGCCAGUGCGGCGCUCGGCAUCGAUGGGUCCAUGACCAACGGCAUGCAGGUGCUCCCCACCUGGCAGGACCGCUUCGGCCACCCUACGGGGUCCAAGCUGGGCUUCUUCGGCGCCUCCAAUGCCAUUGGCGGCGUCAUCCCCUUCAUCUUCCUGGGCUGGAUUGGCGACGCCUUCGGUCGGCGAGUGCCCACGGCACUGGGCUCGAUCGUCAUCAUCACGGGCGUCAUCAUCGAGUUCUUCGCCACGUCGCUCAACAUGUACAUUGGCGGCAAGAUCAUCCUCGGCAUCGGCUCCUCGCUCAUCCAGAUGGGUGCCCCCGUGCUCGUCACGGAGCUGAGCCACCCCAAGGAGCGCGUGCAAGUCACCACCUUCUACAACACGUCCAUUGUGCUUGGCUACGUGAUCGGCGCGUGGGCCACGUACGGCUGCUUCCAGAUCCAGAGUCAAUGGUCCUGGCGGCUCCCGACGCUCAUCCAGAUCAUACCCUCGGCGUACCAGCUCAUCCUCAUCUUCUUCUGCCCGGAAUCGCCGCGCUGGCUCAUCGCCAAGGGCAAGGUCGACAAGGCGCGCGAGAUCUUGAUCAAAUAUCACGGCGAGUGCGACCCCAACUCGGAACUCGUCGCCUUCGAGUGCGCCGAGAUCCAGCAGGUCAUUGAAAGCGAAAAGGAGCAGAACAUGACCUGGGUGGCCUUCUUCUCCUCGGUGCCGAACUUGAAGAGGAUCGGCCUCUGCUUCUGCACGGCGCUCUUCAGCCAGAGCUCCGGCAACCUGCUCGUGUCCAACUACCUGACGCAGAUCCUCAAGGACACGGGCGUGAAGGACGACAAGGACAUUACGCUUGUCAACGGCAUGGUGACGCUUUGGCAGUACAUUGUCGCGCUGGCGGUGACGGGUCUCGUCAACAGGUUCAAGCGACGCACCUUCUUCUGCGUCGGCUCCGGCGGCACGCUCGUGACCUUUAUCGUGUGGACGAUCGCGGCGCAGCAGUACCUGGAGAAGAACUCUCUCGCCGCGGGCCGACUGGUGCUUGCGUGCAUCUUCAUCUUCCAGGCCUUCUACACCUUUGCGUGGACCAAUCUGGUGGUCACGUACUCGCUCGAGGUGGUGACGUACCAGAUGCGGGCCAAGACGUGGGCGUUUGUGCUGCUCACGAUCCAGCUGUCGUCCAUCUUUGGCGGGUACGUGAACCCGGUCGGGCUCGCGAACAUUGGGUGGAAGUUUUACAUUUACUACUGCGUCUGGGUGGCCAUCGUGUUCCUGAUCGUGUACUUCUUCUUCGUGGAGACGGCCGGCCCGACGCUGGAGGAGCUCACGUACCUGUUCGAGGGAGGGGACGCGGCCAAGGCGCACAUGAUUGAGACGACGAAGAAGAUGGAGGAGGAGCAGACGCACGUCGAGGUGACCAACGAUACGGAGAAGUCGGUCGACAGCGAGAAGAGGUAA